GACUUUGGAUAAUCAUUUGCUUUGCUAAAAGAGAAGGGUCAAAUUGUCCUUUGUGUAUCCUAAUUUAUGACAUAAAUAUAAAGAAGUAUCAAUCUCUUUUCAUGACAUACAUAGUUUCUUUUUACAGGUAUAACAAAAUGUCUGGAAAGAAUCGAAUUCUAUGAGGCCCACGUGAGGGCCCAAUACACCGGGCCCACGGGCCCCUCCCUCCUCACCCUGCUACACUUGAAGAAGAACUUGAAAUCCAACAUAGAGACAUCCAACGAAUCAUGGCUAAAAAUGGACAUGUAGUAGAAGAAAAUGUGACUCUUCAAAGGGAAUUAGUUGCUGUGAAAGAUGAGAUUCAUAGAUUAGGUCAAAUCAUCCCCAAAUUACAUGUUGAAAAAGAUGCAAGAGCCACAGAUUUAAUUGACAGAGGAAUGAAACUCGAGGCUGAGCUUCGUGAUGUUGAGCCUUUAAUGGCAGAUGUGGGACAAUUAAGAAGUGAAUUCCAGAAAUUGACUUCAUUGAGGCAAGAAUUGUCUAGUCAAAUCUAAGGUUUGACCAAAG